CAGGGCCAGCAGUCGCGGGAACCCUGAGCCCGCCUCCUCCGCAGGCUCCGCGCUGCUCGCCAUGGCCCCCGCGCUGCUGCUGGUUCCUGCGGCCCUCGCCUCCUUCAUCCUGGCCUUUGGCACCGGAGUGGAAUUCGUGCGCUUCACCUCCCUGAGGCCGCUGCUUGGAGGGAUCCCGGAGUCUGGCGGUCCGGAUGCCCGCCACGGGUGGUUGGCUGCCCUGCAGGACCGGAACAUUCUUGCCUCUUUGGCUUGGGAUCUAUGUCUGCUGCUACUGUUUGUGGUACAGCACAGCUUUAUGGCAACUGAGGCAGUGAAGGCGUGGACAUCCCGGUACUUUGGUGUCCUUCAGAGGUCGCUCUAUGUGGCAUGCACCGCCCUGGCCUUGCAGUUGGUGAUGCGGUACUGGGAGACUACACCCAGAGGCCCAGUGUUGUGGGAGGCUCGGGCUGAACCAUGGGCCACCUGGGUACCUCUCCUCUGCUUUGUGCUCCACGUUGUUUCCUGGCUCCUCAUCUUUAGCAUCCUUCUGGUCUUUGACUACGCUGAACUGAUGGGCCUCAAGCAGGUUUAUUACCAUGUGCUGGGACUGGGUGAGCCUCUGUCUCUGAAGUCUCCUCGGGCUCUGAGACUCUUUUCUCACCUUCGACACCCAGUGUGUGUGGAGCUGCUGACUGUGCUGUGGGUGGUCCCCACCUUGGGCACUGAUCGGCUCCUCCUGGCUCUUCUCUUUACCCUCUACCUGGGCUUGGCUCAUGGGCUUGACCAGCAAGAUCUCCGCUACCUUCGGUCUCAGCUACAAAGAAAACUCCAGCUUCUCUCCAGACCCCAGGAUGGGGGAGCAGAGUGAGGAGCUAGUUCUAAGCCCUGUAUUUACUUUCCACCUCAAAACCAAAUCCCUUAGCAUCCAGACCGAGUUUGCCUCAGACCUCGGAGGAGGUUGGAAGUCAUGCCCUGAAGGGGCUGUGCCCUCUCCUGCCUGAGAACUCAGUUUCGGAAUCUUGAUCCUGAAUUCUAUUCAAAGUUUCCUCCACUGGUCUUCAAGAUCCGCUUCUCACCAACCAAGGAUGGUUACAAAACUCAUGAGUCUCCUUUUCUCUGAGCAUGACCUCCUCACACACAGGGUCAGCUCACCCAGGGGAGCACCUAAGCUCACCCAGGGGAGCACUCACUCCCCUGGCACUGUUAUUGGCUCUGCACCUCGGGGAUUCCCUUCCAUGUUUCCACCUCAAGGAGCUAUGUCAGGGCCUAUCUGAAAGUUUAUAAGUAGUGGCUCUUUUGUACCGCGGCUGUGCUUCCUCCCCACUCCUGCCUUAGUUUCUCCACCUCUUUAGGUCCUUCCCUACAGCUCUGUGUGGUCUCCUAAGGAGAUGUCUCCCGACUUUGACUCGGGUUGACUCAGGGCUCCCUGUUCUCCCACAGGAUAUGCGCUGCAGAAAAAUUAAAAUUUUAUACAUAUGA